GGCAGCUAACAUGCUGUCAGUAUCUAUCUAGUAUCUGUAGUGUAGACAGUCAGAAGGUCUACAUGACAUAAUCAGUCAUUGACAUUAUUAUACGGUGUAGUCUGUAGUGUAGAUCUACUUGUGACCGGAUAUGCAAGAUCGCGCUGGACGCAACGGUGAUGCCUGGCCACUGGCACUGGGGGCUGUCGCAGUACAUCAUGGUAGAUGCGGGACAUCCUGCCUUCCACAACACCUGCCCUGGCACAUGUGCCACUGAUCAUCAAUGCUAACACGGGCGCAGGAUCCAGGAUCCAUGUAAUGCACAUGAUGGAGCGGAUGUGUACAUUUACUGACACAGCCUGGGCCAUGGGUGAGACGCGACGCUUCCUAACAAAUAAGAACAUUGUGUUUUCACCAUACCGGUGUUUGCACUACAAGUAUAGUCACUGUAAAGACUAAAAUAUUUUAUAAAGACUAAGUGCAGGUGAUGGAAACAGAGUGGAGCAUGCUCUUCGUGUCAGGGGUGUCACCUCUCAAUCAAGACACCACUCUUUGUAGGUUAGGACACUGACUGCAUGCCACCUCGCCGUUUACCGGCACAUACCGUCACUACUGUUGUACAGUCAAUGUACUGACUUGUACUAAUACAUCAGCUCCGUUCCCCUGAUCUUUCAACUCUACGAGCAUUUUCUUGUCCAUACUCACUUCGUUGGAUCAUCAAUUCUCUGACGGAGAAGAUGAUUUGGCCGUUACAAGCGAACUGAGUCUGUAGACGGGGACUGGCUCUAGUAAUGGUCCUGUGGUUGAAAUAUGGCUCGUGCUCGCUUGCCACAUGAAACUGGUCGCUUUGACAGGCGCGUGGUGACGAGGGGCGCGGAAACUAACACAGUAACACUCUCGCGAGCUCUGCGCUGACGACCUUGACGGGGCGACGUAGACCUACUCCAGCCAGUUCAGUCUGGCAAUGGCGCUCUGUACCUGCAUCAGUCGUUCAAAGUCGGCCAGGAGUAGGCGCUCGGCGUUGAUCGCAGGGCUCGUCAGCAGCUUUCUCUUUUUCUACGCAUUGAUGCUGAGUGACCUAUGCUUGCAUACGCCUGUGAGUCCAGUGUGUUGGUUCAGCAGUGCACCAGGAGGACGGCAUAGUGCGAGGGGUCGGCCAGGCUACUAUGACAGCACAGAGGACGUUGCUGCUGUGCAAGGGGGCAGGUCUGCUACAAAUGCAGAGGUGAUCGGUCAGGAAGCGGUCAGUGAUGCGGAUGCAUGGCAAGCCCAGGACGAAGUGUUGCUACCACCACUAACACACCAGUCCACAUCUGAGGAGGAACAGGAUUCGCGCACCAGUCAUGAGGAGAAUGACGCAGCGCAGAGCGUUGCUUUCAGACAGGUCGUGGUCCAUACCGGACUGAGCACUGCGUCCAAAGACUUAUUUGCACAGAGCAUUGAGCCGGCCGAGUUGGAGAAGUCAUAUGAAGAUGAUGACGGCACUGUUCCUGAUGAGCAGCCUGAGGAGUCCAGUGAAGACGAGGACAAACCUACGGGUGCUGGGUCAGAAGUGUCCCAUGGCGAUAAUGGCGCUGUUUCACGCACAGAUGCUGGACCUGUCCGCACAGCUGUGGGAUCACAAAGCCGAACGGGCACAAGAGAGAAAGCCGAUUGCGUCACCGAUUUCCACCGCAGCAGCCAGCCCGUUGUCGGCACACGAUUGGCGAAAUCAAAGUAUGUUCUCCUUGUUUCGCCGCCUAUCGAUUCAAGCCCUGCUCAAACUUAUCAUACUACUUCCACUGCUAGGCAUCAGCAUCCUGAGCCAGGCGCACAAACUGCAGUGACUGGCAAAGUGGCUACGCCAGUGAAUCGUACACUGAUGCUUAGCCCGAUACCCACGACAAUAGGCGAGUAUCUGCAGAAGCACCGCAUCCCGUUUGUCUCCGUAACUGUCCAGCGCACUAAGUCAAGGCAAACACUACAACGCGUGGCGGAUAGGCUGAAGCUUGGUCAGGUUGCAAGCAUCAUCUUUAAUGAGCUGCACGCUCUAUGUGCCUCUGCAGGCCGAGCAUGUAGAUCUUUGUUGAGACUGCCGCAACAGCAUUCUGUCGGUGCUGUCUACAUUAUCGGGGACGGUGCUGAUAAAGCAAGCGUGCUGCCUUCGGAUGCACUUCCACUGACCGUCAUGUCCCCAACCAGGAUCAAGGCAGUUCAGCCAUCCGCCACAUCUCCUGUACAUUACAUCAUGCGGAAGAAUGCUCGCGAGUGGACGCUGCCAUUCCCCUUGUCCACAACCGAGUUCACAAGUCUUGAACACAGCGGUGGCGCUGACCACUGCACACCGUUACUCACAGGAACAUCGCCGGAUGACAUCCCGGUAAUGCUGGCCGCAUCAUGCUCACAUGAUACCGACCGGCGGCGGUCAGUGGUCUUUGGAGGCAGCGCCAUGUCAUCGUGGAUGAUGCGUCUGAUGCUGCUGGACAGCUUGCGUUAUGCAUCACACGGUGAGCUGCAUUUGGACUUGCUGCGGCGAGUUCAGAUCGACAUUGAUGAUGUGUUCCUGGGGCAUUUCGGCAGCAAGCCAUCCUCUGACGAUAUGAAGGAACUGCUAAGAAGUCAGGAACGAUUACAAUGUCUAGUACCAGGUUUCAAGUACUACCUGGGUUAUGUCGGCGGUGCAUUUCAAUCCAGUCCGAUUGAGAGUGAGAAUGCCGGCGAUCGGUUUGUUUUGGACAAUGCGGAGAGAUUUGCCUGGUUUCCUCACACCUACAACCACACCAAGGCUCACCUAAUGACCUACGACAAACUGAAAUCUAGCUUGUUACGCAACAAAGACUUUGCUAAGAAACAUGGCAUCUCCGUGGACUCUGGAUACGCUGUAUCACCGCAUCACAGUGGCAUCUACCCGACGCACAGGCCUCUCUACAUGACCUGGAGAGAAGUGUGGAACAUAACCGUGUCCUCCACCGAAGAGUAUCUGCACUUGAAGCCUGCUUUUCGACGCAGAGGCUUCCGCUACAUGGGCAUCAGGGUGCUGCCGCGUCAGACGUGCGGCUUGUUUUCGCACACGCUGACCCGCUCCACAUUCCCCGGUGGAGCAGAGCGCCUGUUCAGUCUGCCCAAUGGAGGAGAGCUCUUUCAGACAUUGGUGGAUAACCCAAUUUCUAUCUUCAUGAGCCACUACGUUAACUACGGUGGUGAGAAGUUGGCCAUAGGGCUUUUCGAAAGCCUUUUCGAGUUCGUCACGAGGUACACCAACCUGGAGCUGUCUUCAGUAGCACCGACUCAGCUUGCGAAGGAAUACUUUGACUUGAAUCCGGGAGAGGAGGAUCCUCUUUGGCAGGAUCCGUGCUCUGAAGUACGCCUCUACAAUGGUUGGAUGUCUAGCGGUAAGAAAUGCUAUACACUACCGACCGUACUGAUGACUGGUGACGACAGAGACCUAUCCACCUCUCUGUACACCAAGCUGACGACGCACCCGCAAGUGUUUGGUGCAUCGCAGCCCACCUCUGGCCAGGGCAGCAGAUCCUUGCCACCUGACUUUGCCUUUCUCAGCAGUGAGUCAUUCCUGCAAGGCGUAGAUUGGUACAUGAGUAAAUUCCCAAGCUUGCGUCCACAGACGGAGCCCAGCAACACAGCCACUUCAUCGCGCCUCUCUACACCGCCGCACAUCAUCGAUGUGUCCAUGUCAUACUUGCAGUCUGAUAAAGCACCGCUGAGAGCGUGGAGACUAAUUCCGCAUGCCCACCUCAUCAUGGCAUUCAGCGACCUUGAGACGACAAUGCUAUUGCCAUGCAAGAACACAAUGCCGAGCAUGUCUUCAUGGAUCAGUGAUGAGCGACAAGGUGGUGUGGUCCCACAGCGUGUAUGGCGGAGCCUAGCUGUAGCUGUCAGUGAGCAUCGCUGUUCUGAAACUACUCCCAUCUUGUCAGCUCUGAUCCGUUGGCUGAAAUACUUCCCGCCGAAGAAGAUUUUCUGGAUGGAUGGGAAAGCAAUGAGAACGCAUGCAAGUCCGGUUCUCUCGGAGUUGCAGCUGUGGCUCGGCUUGAAAUCUCCCUUGAAUGGCUCUCCGCGUCCACCGCGCUACAGAGCACACGUUUGAACAUCAUUGCUUGAGGCCGGUAUCUUGAGAGUGUUUACGAUCACUGUGUGACCCAAUACUGUAUAUUCUCACUGGCACAUGAAGUGCACAACUAGAAUCCUGUACACCAUUCUUGAAGCAAUUCCACUUGAGGACUUGAUCCAUUUGAGACUAUGUUGACGCACGGAAUCUUCCUCAGUCGUGAUUCUUGACUAUUCUGCAACAUCCUGAUCACGCAUUUCUAUGACUAUUAUUUUUAAAUGCUGCAACCUGCA